CAUUUCUUGGUUUGGGUGAGGAGAGCUCCUUUCUCGCUCGUCACCAACCCUUCCUACGAUCUCUCGCGGAGGUCAAAUCUCGUCUGGAUUGCGCUCUUCGACGAGAUUUAUAAGAAAUGGCCGACGCAGAGGAUAUUCAACCACUUGUUUGUGACAAUGGAACUGGAAUGGUCAAGGCUGGAUUUGCUGGUGAUGAUGCACCUAGGGCAGUCUUCCCUAGCAUUGUAGGCCGACCUCGUCACACAGGUGUUAUGGUUGGGAUGGGCCAGAAAGAUGCUUAUGUUGGUGACGAAGCACAGUCCAAGAGGGGUAUCCUCACCCUGAAGUAUCCUAUUGAGCAUGGAAUUGUCAGCAACUGGGAUGACAUGGAAAAGAUCUGGCACCAUACCUUCUACAAUGAACUCCGUGUUGCUCCUGAGGAGCAUCCUAUACUGCUCACCGAAGCCCCUCUUAACCCAAAGGCAAACAGGGAAAAGAUGACCCAGAUAAUGUUUGAAACUUUCAAUGUACCAGCUAUGUAUGUUGCUAUUCAGGCAGUCCUUUCGCUCUAUGCCAGUGGCCGUACUACUGGUAUUGUGCUUGAUUCUGGUGACGGUGUCAGCCAUACCGUUCCUAUCUAUGAAGGAUAUGCUCUACCUCAUGCCAUUCUUCGUUUGGAUCUUGCUGGUCGUGAUCUCACGGAUUGCCUGAUGAAGAUCCUGACAGAGAGGGGUUAUUCAUUCACUACCACUGCAGAACGGGAAAUCGUAAGGGACAUCAAGGAGAAGCUUGCCUUUGUUGCUGUUGACUAUGAACAGGAGCUGGAGACUGCCAAGACUAGCUCUGCUGUGGAGAAAAGCUAUGAACUUCCCGAUGGGCAGGUUAUCACGAUUGGGGCUGAGAGAUUCAGGUGCCCGGAGGUGCUCUUCCAGCCAUCGUUGAUCGGCAUGGAAGCCGCUGGAAUUCAUGAGACAACAUACAACUCUAUUAUGAAGUGUGAUGUGGAUAUCAGGAAAGAUCUGUAUGGCAACAUUGUGCUUAGCGGUGGAUCAACAAUGUUCCCUGGUAUUGCCGAUCGCAUGAGCAAGGAGAUCACAGCGCUUGCACCAAGCAGCAUGAAGAUAAAGGUGGUUGCCCCACCCGAAAGGAAAUACAGUGUCUGGAUAGGAGGCUCCAUCCUUGCCUCCCUCAGUACCUUCCAGCAGAUGUGGAUUACCAAGGGGGAAUACGAAGAAUCUGGUCCGGCAAUUGUCCACCGGAAGUGCUUCUGAGCUUGUUCUUUGUAGUCCUGGGUUUGUUUGGAAAUCAUGCCUUGUUCAAAUAGUGCUUGAGACGUCUUUGUACGGUUGAGGAUGGAUUGAUGAAUAGCUUCCUUCACAGAUGUUUCAACGAGGAGGGUGGCUGUAAACAAGUACAUGUAUCUUUGUACCCAUGUGUCUCUCUCUGUCUGGUUUUGUGUAGCGUUGUAUUGUAGUUCUAGUGUCUAUCCUGGUUCGGGACUUGUUCCGCGGCUUGCCUGCUGCUUGAUUUCUUGUAUGAAGUAUAUUACCUGGUUUAUCUGCUAUUUGCAUGUUUCAUCA